AUGCAGUGGGUGUGCGCUGUGUCCGCAGGGCCGUCGCACUGGUCGGAGGCUUACGCGCAGUGUGCGGGCAAGUACCAGAGCCCCAUCGACAUCGAGGAGCACCUGCUGCGCCACGUGACGCUGCCGCGCCUGCGCUUCGGCGGCCUCGACGCGCAGCCCGUCACCAGCACCCUCUACAACAACGGCCACACCGUUAUGCUCGAAUUGAAUACCUCAAAGGAAGCAACUGUAGAAGGCGGUCCCUUAAAUGGAAAGUACAUUUUCAAGCAACUGCAUUUCCACUGGGGAGCCAACAGUUCUGUAGGUAGUGAAGCAACGGUCAAUAACCACAGUUUCCCCAUGGAAUUGCACAUGGUAUUUUAUAAACAAUCAUAUGGGUCUAUGGAAGAAGCUAUGAGAUAUCGAGAUGGGUUAACUGUAAUUGGACUCUUUUAUGAGUUAUAUGGUCCAGGCAACACAGUUUACAAUGAAAUUGUUGAUGUAUUGCCUGAAGUUACUCAACCACAUACAAAUGCACGGCUCCACAAACCCAUUACAUUGGAUUCACUUUUGCCUGAGAAUCGUAUGAAUUACUUCACUUACAAUGGGUCUCUAACAACUCCCCCAUGCCUGGAAGUGGUCACAUGGAUUGAAUUUAAACAACCUAUUUUGCUCUCUGAAGCACAGGUUGCAGCAUUCAGGAAUCUUCAUUCACCUGAAGGAUUAAUGACUCAUAACCACAGACCUGUACAAGAACUUAGUGGUCGGCUGGUUCUUUUCAAUAUGGGAGAAAUAGUAGAAAAAGACAACGGUUCUGCAUAUGUCACUGUGAAUUAUCUGAUGUUCCUAAUGUCUCUCACCAUCAUUUCAAUGUACCAAUGAAAUUAUCCUUAUUCUAACACUCAAUCACAAUCAACGACAAGUUCUCUUGAUGUAACCUUUAUAGAAUUCGGUGCUACAAAGCAAGCCAUAAUGUGAACACUUCAAAGACCUUCCAUCUCCAUCAAGACAAACCCAUAUUAAAAGAGUAUU